AUGUCUUUAAUUGCUGAUUUAAUUGUUAAAAUCGCAUCCAUCUUGGGAUUAAUCCCAAACAAUUAUAAUGAUGAAAAGAUACGAGAAGGCCUCAUGAAAUGUAAUAAGGCAAUCAAAAAUAUCAGGGACUCUAUGAGAUAUGCUAAGACAAUGGGGGAGAAACAGCAUUUGGAAGCCCAGAUGCGGCAAGUGAAAACGCUACGAAAUCAGUUAAAGGUCGAACAAAAGAAGGGGGCGGGACUGACACCUACAAAGGAGACUGCAAAGCAUAGGGUACAAUGGGAUGACUCUUUAUCUGCGUUCAACUCACGAAUUCGGACUGGGGUCAUCUCAAACCUUAAACACAAGGACCCUGGCAGUUUUCUAGUGGAUUGCAAAGCCCUGUUCAAGCGGCGAAUUCAGAACGCACUAAAGAAAGAGGCGGCCGUUAAGGUGAAUAUAGCAUUUGGUGGAGAAUUCGAGAUUGCUCAAGGCGAUAAGAUGAUCAAUGAAACGAAGUACUUUACUACUUCAAACUCAGCCAUAUAUCGGGACACGAAUCUUGAUGAAUGGUUCGAGAAAAAAGUAGUGGAGCCCAUCAGCCGAGACUUGGAAGAAUUCCAAGAACGUGAUUCCGGAUGGGCUCUAAAGGCAGUUGUUAACCUGGGGGUGAAUAUAAACAAAUUUACACCGCAACUUGGCUCCUCCUACAUUGAACUUCCUCCUCAGAUUAAGAGAAAAAAAGCAUGCGUAAAUGUCAAAAAUGAUGAUGAGGCAUGCUUUGCAUGGGCAAUUGUAUCGGCGUUAUAUCCUGCUACCAAAGAUGCUCAAAGAGUUUUCAAAUAUCCACACUAUUCUGAUGUAUUGAAAUUAAAAGGUAUUCAGUUUCCAAUGACCAUCAAACAAAUUCCUAACUUUGAAAAACAAAACAAUAUAUCCAUUAACGCAUAUAAUUUGAAAAAGGAGAAGAAGAACUAUACGACCCUCCCAAUCUUGCUAACAAAGAACAGAAAGGAUAAACAUAUAAAUCUUCUUCUGAUUCAAGAUAAUUAUGACGAGCCGCCUACUCAGUACCAUUACGUUUGGAUUAAAAAUUUAUCCCGCCUCCUUUCCAAGCAGCUUAGCACCGAAGAUGGAACAAAAUAUUUCUGUGAUGCCUGCCUGCAUUACUUUCGAUCACAGGAACAGUUAAAUGCUCAUAAGACAUGCUGCAAAGGUCGAUCAGAUGUUAUCUGUGAUAGGUGCUUACAACCGUUUUCAUCAUCAAAACAGCUUGAAGCGCACACCACCGAUUGCGUAAGAAUUAAUGAAACAGCCAUCAAACUGCCAGACGAGAGUAGAAAAAUGCUAAGAUUUAAGAAUUAUAGGAAUAAGAUUAAAGCCCCCUUCGCCGUAUAUGCAGAUCUCGAAAGUGCAUUGAAACGUACGGGAGAUCCUAAGAAGUAUCAGGAACAUAUUCCUGUAGCAGUUGGGUAUUUCUUCAAAUGCUCAUAUGAUGAUACUCUCUCUUUUUAUAACUCUUAUCGAGGAAAGGACUGCAUGAAAUGGUUUGCAGAUGAACUUAAUCAGCUUGCUGAGAAUGUAUCUACAGUGUUUAUGUGCCCCUAUGAUAUAAAUAUGACAUCUCAGCAGGAAAGAGAUUUUCAUGCUGCCACUCAUUGUCAUAUCUGCGAGCAGCGCUUCUCCCCCAGUGAUAAGAAAGUCCGAGACCACGAUCACAUGAUUCCUGAACAUAACUACAGAGGGGCGGCCCACGAAGGGUGUAACAUUAAUUACAAAGAUGCUCACACUAUCCCAGUGAUAUUUCAUAACCUUAGCGGGUAUGACGCGCACUUCAUUGUUAACGAUAUUGCUACGCAUAUCAAAGGUCCAGUAGAUCUUCUUCCUAUUACUAAGGAGAAAUAUAUCUCUUUUACGAAACAUAUCGAUCAUGCUCGAAUUAAAUUCCGUUUUAUCGAUAGUUUUCGAUUUAUGGCUUCUUCUCUCGAUAAGCUCUCUUCGUAUUUGACAGAAUAUCCUAAUCUCAACUCUCAAUUUUUAUCACUAUCUGAGGAGAAUUUCAAUCUUCUAACUAAGAAAGGUAUUAUGCCAUAUGAUUAUAUCGAUUCAUUCCAAAAAUUCAAUGAAACAUGUCUACCGCCCCAGGAAGCAUUUUACAAUAAACUUGAGGAUAAACCAUGUCCUCGUCGGCAUUAUCGUAGAGCUCAAGAUGUCUGGUCUUCAUUCUCCUGCUCCAAUCUCGGGGAUUAUAUCGAUUUAUACAUGAAAACGGAUAUUCUCCUUCUUGCGGACGUCUUUGAGCAAUUUCGAUCCAGUUGUCUUAAAACAUAUAAUCUUGACCCAGCUCAUUACUUUACUCUUCCCGGCUUCACAUGGGAUGCAAUGCUUAAGCAUACAAAACAGGAACUGGAGCUUUUAACAGAUCCAGAUAUGUUUUUGUUUGUGGAGCGUGGUAUUCGUGGUGGUUUGAGUCAAGUAUGCUCGAAACGUCGCGUCCACGCUAAUAACAAGUAUAUGGAAUCUUACGAUCCAUCAAAGCCCGACUCCUAUCUCAUGUAUUUCGACGUUAAUAAUCAAUAUGGCUGGGCAAUGUCGCAAUUCCUUCCGUAUGGAGGGUUCGAGUGGGUUGAUGCUAACAUCGAUGUUCUGUCCACACCUGACGAUGCUUCUGAAGGGUACUUCCUCGAGGUCGAUCUGGAGUACCCCCAACAUAUUCACGAUCGUCAUAAGGAUCUUCCGUUUUGCCCCCAAUCAUUGAACCCUAAAACUAUGCUUCCUCCUAAACGACCGCGAGAGCAAACCAAAUUAAUGGCUACCCUUCAUGAUAAAGAAAGAUACGUAAUUCAUUACAGAACUUUGAAGCAAGCGCUAGCACACGGAUUGGUGCUCAAAAAGAUUCACCGAGUCCUAAAAUUUAAGCAGAGUCCUUGGUUAAAAUCAUACAUUGACUUGAAUACAAAUCUCCGAAAGGCAGCGAAAAAUGAAUUUGAGAAAAAUCUCUUCAAGCUGAUGAACAACGCUGUGUUCGGCAAGACCAUGGAGAAUGUGCGCAAGCGCGUUGACAUUAAAUUGCUUACUGAAUGGGAGGGUCGUUACGGAGCAGAAGCUAGAAUAAGUAGUCCCCUAUUUAAGAAUGCUACUAUUUUUAAUGAAAACUUGGUAGCUGUCGAGAUGCAUAGAGCGGAAAUAUGGUUGGAUAAACCAAUAUACGUGGGCAUGAGUAUAUUGGAUUUGGCUAAAACCACGAUCUAUGAUUUUCACUAUGGGUAUUUAGAUAGAAGGUUUGGUGAGAACUUUACGACCUGCUAUACAGAUACCGAUUGUGAGAUCGUAGAGAUACGGGAAAAAGAUCCCUAUGAAGCUGUGAAAACAGACUGCCACAAGUAUUUCGAUACAUCUGACUAUCCUAAAGACAAUAUGUAUGGCAUCCCCCAGGUUAAUAAAAAAGUACUUGGACUGAUGAAGGAUGAGAAUAAUGGAUGCAUUAUGACAGACUACAUAGGGCUCAGAUCUAAAUUAUAUACAACAAAAGUAGCUAUCACAGAUAAUGAUAUAAUGAAACUGAGGGGAAAGUUAAUAGAUCAGGAGUAUGAGGACGAUGAGAUUGAAAUACUUAUUAAAAAUUAUGGUGUGACAAAGAAGGCGAAGGGGGUUAAAAAAUCUGUUGUAAAGACUAAAAUUACCUUCGAAGACUAUGUCGAGUGUUUGGAUACCUUUACAACUAAGACAGCCUCGCAGAAUCUUAUACGCUCUGAUAAACACCACGUAUAUACAAUUACACAAAGCAAGAUUGCUCUUAGUCCCACUGACGAUAAACGAUAUCACCUUCCGGAGUCUUAUGAUACGCUACCGUGGGGACACUAUCUAGUUGAUAAUCUUAAGAUGGAUGUUGAUUAG